AUGGAUAUCACCAAUGAAAAGAAUUCCAGUUUAAACUCUCCACUUAUUAAUCCUUAUCCACAACGAGUUAUAUGCAAAAUCCAUAGAGGUGAACAAUUUAAAACGGCGAGUCCUAGUAAAGGGGUUAUUUCUUGCAUGGGCUCAGUGAAUGGAAAUUUAUGAUCCUCUGAGGGCUUGCGCAACAGAGACACUAUUCAGUGGCGCGGGGUAGUGGGAAAAAGAGUUCUACGGGGCUGGAGGCGAAGGAAGUUCUAAGGAUCGUGUAACUGCCGACUUGCUGCUCAAAGCCAAGGUAGUUCUCAAUUAACAUGUUGCAAGGACGAGGAGAUUUUAAUUAUUUAAAAAUAUUAUCAAUCAAUAAUAGAGAUGCUGAUGAAGACUCAAUAAUCCAAUAUAUAGAGCCUUACCGAUACAGUAAAAUUCGUGGUCUACUAUUUUGGAUUCUGGUCAUUCUAACAUGUGGGAUACUCUUUUUAAUUGAUCGCUGAUUUCUAAAUUUUCAUAUCGCAUUCCGAUUUUCUAGAUCUGGCCCGGCAGAGGCCACACACCUCCUAGUAAAAUCUCAGUAUUUUUUAGAGUUUAUUCCGACAGCAAUAAAGCAUUCUAAAAUAUUAGGGACCAUUCAGACCUUUCAGCAUCAUUAUUUGCAGUAUUAUUUUGAUGGAAAAGAAUUCCAGCCACUUUAUUUUGAUAUAAGCUUGGGAUAUAAAAAAAUAAUUGAUAAAUAUAGCCAUGGGUAUAUCGAAAAUGAAGAAAUUGUUGAAUUAAAAUCCCUUUUUGGGUCAUGCCAAAUUAUUGUCCCGCUGAAGACAAUUCCAAAACUUAUAUGAGAAGAAGUGCUGCAUCCGUUUUAUAUUUUUCAGGUUUUCAGCGUAGGAGUGUGGUACUUUGAACAAUAUUUUUAUUUCUCGGGGGCUAUUAUUUGUAUUACGUUAAUUUCAUUAGGAACAAGUGUAUAUCAAACAAGAAAAUCGAUGAGUGCAAUUCAUAGCCUUGCCAAGCGCAGCAUUAAUAUAAAUGUACUUACUCUUAUUAAUUUAAUAGUCGAAACCUUAAAAGCUUUCUUAUUAUUGUAAUAAUCAAUAAAAUGAACUGCAUGCUGUCAGAUAAUUUUUAUAAUUAUUAUUAAAGAGCAAUUUUAAAAAAAAAAAAAAUAUUGAAAAUUUAUAAAAUUUACUGGAGAAGAAGUUAGAGAAGGAAGCUGAAAAAACGUCGAAAGCCCAGAACUAGUGCCUGGCGAUCUAAUUCAAAUCCCUCAAGGCUGUGAAAUUCCUUGCGAUGUGGUGCUUAUAUCUGGCGGCUGUAUAAUUGACGAAGGCACUCUUACUGGCGAGUCAGUACCAGUCAUCAAAGAUCCAUUGCCUUAUCUGGACGAGCCAAUUUAUAGCAUAGAAUAUGAUAAGCGACAUAGCUUAUAUGAAGGCACCAAGGUAAUUCAAACACGCAACUAUGGGGGAGCCAAUGUUCUUGGCAUUGUUACUCGUAUUGGUUUCUCCACUAUGAAAGGAAAAAUGGUAAGAUCAAUCCUAUUCCCAAAGCCAAAUAAAUUUAAAUUCUAUAGAGACUCAAUGCUUUUUGUUGGGGUUCUUUCCAUUAUCGCGAUCACUGGGUUUUUAAUAUGCAUGCCUAUUAUGAUUUAGAAAUAAAAUGGUGACGUUGACGGAAAUUGGACUCCGAGGCGCACCUCCUAUGGAGCUGGUAGGACCCAUUGCUGAUGAAGCUGAAGAUACAGGUCUCAUUCCUGUCCUAAGUAGGCCUUCAGUUGUGGGGAAGCCGUGCCGAAGAGGAAGUUUUAUUUCUCCCCCGAAGGUUUUCCCUGUCCCUGCCAGAUGGGCUAGACAGGUUUUUCCUAUCACAUGGUCUUCCUUCAUCGGGACCAUCGGGGCACUCAGACAGAAGUGGCUCUGUCCAAAGGAGCUGAUCCCUUGGACAGGUGGUUUUGACCAGAAAUCAAGAUGGCGUCGGGCCUGGGAGUAUGGCCACAUCAGAACCCGACCUGGAGUCGUCUUUCGAGCUGAGGUGUUGAGGUCCGCUGAUUCGCCCACGUAUGGCCUUUUAAAACUAACUAACUAACUAUUAUGAUUUAUAUAGGAAUUCCAUUAGACCAAGUAUGGGUUCGAUGCUUGGAUUUAAUAACUAUCACAGUUCCUCCAUCUCUCCCAGCAUGUAUGAAUGUAGGAACAGCUUUUGCUAUUAGUCGCUUGCGAAAAAGCCAUAUUUUCUGCAUUGCCCCUCCUCGUGUAAAUGUGGCUGGGAAAAUUGAUAUUUAUUGCUUUGAUAAGACAGGAACCUUGACUGAAGAUGGUAUGAUUUUAGUAGGCAUUCAGCCUUGCAAUGAUAAUAAAAUGGACGCUUUAUGUGAUAAUCCACAAUUGAUCGAAAAAAAUUCAAAAAAUUUGGUAGAAUGCAUGGCUUCUUGCCACUCAUUAACAACAAUAGACCAAAAACUUGUAGGUGACACUCAAGAUUUACAAAUAUUUAACAGCACCAGAUGGAUAUUUGAAGAGCCUGACGAAGAAAUUUAUGAGCCUGCUGUCAAAGCUGUAGUGAAGCCUAAAGAAGAAUCUGAAAGCCCUCCUGUUUUUGAUGAAGAAGGAAAUGUGAUAAGCAUGAUUGAAGCUCCUUAUGAGCUUGGAAUUUUGCAUACUUUUCAUUUUACGUCUAAGCUAAAACGAAUGGGUGUGAUAACAAAAAAUUUGAAAGAAAGUUCUUUCCAGUUUUAUAUGAAAGGUGCUCCUGAAGUUGUUAUAGAAAAAUGCUUGCCGAGCUCAAUAUCAAGUGAUAUAAAAAUUAUAUUAGGAAAUUAUACAUGUGCAGGAUACAGAGUGCUUGCUUGUGCUUAUAAAGAACUUCCUCCUAUCAAAUAUUCUGACUUAAAGUCACAAAAGUUAGAAGAAUUAGAAACCAAUUUGACUUUCCUUGGGCUAAUUAUUUUACAGAACAAGCUAAAGCAACAAGCUUAUAUAUUAAAAUGGGCGAGCCAGGGCACUCUUUUAACUAAUAUAGCUGGCAUCCACAGGUGCGCGAGGACCUUAAGGAAGUUUGGGUAAAGCGCAAUGUCGGGCUAGCUGACCGCAAGCUUUACUCCAAAUCCAUAUUUUUUGCCUUUGAGGGAAAUGGGCCAGAGAGUUUGAAAGGGUUUUCAGCAGACCAAUGGUAUUUGUCCUGCAAAUCCGGAGCAUAAAAUCAGGAGUUAUGCUCUGGGCCUCGGAAUUCCAUUUUGGCCAGAUCUGACCAGAAAAUUCAACCAUUUUGAAAUUUGCUGCAUGACAGUACAACUCAUCAAGCUACGGAUGACGAGUGAAGGCUUUCGUCCGAUAGGAGCUUCCCUUAUAAGGUUGCAUGCGAACUGGCGAGCAGAUGAAGGGGGCGUUACGAGCGGAGAAAGUCCUUCAGGAAUUACAGAAGCCUUCUCGAUAAAUGUUAAUAGGUUUAAAGAGUUAAAGCCACAAACAAUGCCAGUAAUUAGAAAUUUACAUAAAGUUGGAAUAAAAACAAUCAUGUCUACAGGAGAUGCUGUGCUGACCGGAAUUUCUGUAGCUAGAGAAUGCACGAUGAUUGACCCUGAGUUUACUGUAUAUUUAGGAGAAAUGCAUGGAGAAAGGCUAUUAUGGCAGGUUUUUAGGUCAACUUAUCAUGAAGGAGACUCAGAGGAGCAUGAAUUAAAAGCUGAGCCCCCUUGAAGGAAUCAGGGAUUUGAAGCAAACUAUGCACUAGCACUUACUGGGGCUUCUUUAGCUCACAUGGCAAAACUGUCAGAUCAAGGAGAUCCUGACUCAGUAAUUGGAUUUAAAAUUGUAUUGGAAAAAUGCAGAGUUUUUGCAAGGAUGUCGCCUGAACACAAAACUCUUCUAGUAGAAAGAAUUCAAAAACUAGGCUAUCUUAUAGGCAUGUGUGGGGAUGGCGCUAAUGACUGUGGAGCCUUAAAGUCAGCUGACAUAGGAAUUUCAUUAACUCCCCCCCCCCCUCCGUGAGCGAACAAAACCAUUAGAAAAAUCGCCAUUUUUUGACCAAAAACCCACCCUCCGUGAGUGAACAAAAAUUUUUUUUAAUAGAAAAAAUUUUAAUGGAAAAAAAUUUUGAUAUAUAAGUGAUAAUUAGUAUAAUGAAAUCUAGAGCUAAUUCUGUUUAAUUUUAAACAAAUUGCGUUUUAAAACAUAAAUUUUGCAAAUUAAAUUAAUAUUUGCUUCCCAAUUUUUGCAAAUUAAGAUUUUUUUAAAUUUCGAAAAAAAUAUUUUUUUUAUAAAAUUUAUAUAUAAAUUUUUUUUAAAAAAAAAAAUUAACCCCCCUCCGUGAGCGAACAAAAUUUUUUUGUUCGCUCACGGAGGGGGGGGGGGGAGUAAGCGAAAAAGAAGCUUCUAUUGCUGCACCAUUUACUUCUCAGAUUUCUGAUAUUUCUUGUGUAAUUACAGUUCUAAAAGAAGGCAGAUGUGCCUUAACAACGUCUACCCAAUGCUUCAAAUUUAUGUUCCUCUACUCCACAAUCCAAUUUAUCACAGUGAGCAUGCUUUAUUCUAUGGGGUCUUGCCUUACUAACAACCAAUUCGUAACUUUUGACAUGGUUACCAUGCUUCCAUUAGCUAUUACUAUGAGUAAAACAGGGCCAUAUCAUAAACUAUCAAAAAGACACCCUACAGCUUCACUUAUGUCAGUCGCAGUUUUAACGUCAGUUAUAGGGCAAACUGCAUUGGAAACUAUUACUCAGAUCCUCACAUAUUUUAUAGCAAAUGAAAUGGCAUUUUUUAAACCAAAUGACUAUAAGCCAGGAGAGCCAAUUACUGAUUUUUUCCAUUGUGAUCCGAACACUGUUCUAUUUCUUGUGAGCUGGUUUGAAUAUGAAGUAGUCUGCUUCAAUUUUAAUAUUGGAAAACCUUGAAAAAAAGCAAUGUACACGAAUUUUUGGUUUACUCUUGUGCUACUUGCCCUUAUUUCAUUUACUUUGUACUCAAUUUUAUAUCCUGCAGAAAUUAUACGAGAUAUAUAUGAUGUAAGGGAUAUUUAGCUGACUUACUUGCCAUGAAAUUUUAGAUACAUUUUAACAGCAAUUUGCUUAGGCUAUGGAAUAUGUGCCUUUAUGUUUGAAAAAUAUUUGGUGAGUUGGGCAGAUAUGCAUUAUAGAAAAAAAGUGCAAAAGAAAAAGCAUGCUGCAAAAGUUAGAGAUCUAUUUAUAAAGAAAUAA